AACAGCGAAGUAGUGCCUCGCCAGCUGACAGGAUGCCCAGCGAUAGGAUGUUUCAGUAAUCGCGCAUCUCGUCUAUUCUUUCACGUCUUCCUGUCUUCGUACAAGUGGUGUGGGAUGGUCUUGUGCCGUCACACUCACGCCUCUGUUCCCACGCCACCAGCAGGAUCUUGAGAGAUUGCAGGAUUUCUCAGGAGAGUUGUUCGCCAUGGCCCUGAGACUAGUAUUUUUACUCCUGAUGGCGUGUUCCUGUACCAUGGGUCUCCUAACGGGUCCCUUCCUGCAACCGGGGAAAUGCCUUCACUCCGUGCCAGACAUCGAGUGUCAGUGUGGAGCAGUGAACCGCACCAUCCACGUGCAGUGCUCCUGCCUUCCAGUGAAGGCAGUGGACCUCAGGAACCUCAGUCAAGAAUAUGAAGUCAUUGAAGCCAGUGUCUUUCAGCUUGUGAACUGUAGGGGCACUUCAGUUCUUGUGUUUCCAGGAACUUUCAGUAACCUCAACUUCAUAGAACACAUUAGUUUUCACAAUGUUGGCCACCUCAUCCUGGAACCAAACAGCAUCACCCUUCAGCCUGUGGUUGACAAUGUCCUGUCUCUGACUUUCUCAUUGAUAACAAACCUAAGCAUACGCAAAGAUGCCAUCAACAUCCAGCCCCGCAACAAAUGCACAGAUUCGAGAGUGAAUGUCAAUAUCAAACAUUCCACUCUUAUCAGCUUGAUGAAAUCUGCCAUUGUCACAAACCUGCAGGAACUGACCAUGGAGGAAAUGACAAUGAAGGCAAGGCCAUGGCCUGAGGCCAUUGUGGUGCGGGGCUCAGCUGGUGCUUCAGUGACAUUGAAAUCUGUCUCCAUAAAAAAAGGACUUACUGGCAGAUGGAUCACAGGAAAUAUCUCCCGCCUCAGCAUCAUCGGAAGUAAUCUAAAACUGCUGCCAGAGGCUUUUGCAGGAGUGAACAUUGUGGAAGAUGAGGAGUCAACUACAGGCAUUACUCUCUCUGGGAAUAACUUCAUGAUACCAUCCCUGCCUUCACAUGCUCUCCCCUCAGAUGCACCUGUCGUGCAAGCACAAAAAAACCACAUUGUCUGCCAAUGUCAGAACCUUGCCUGGCUGCUGGAGCCUCCUAAUUCCCCACUGAAGGAUAGUGUCAAGGAUUCCCUGAUUUGUAGAAACAAGUCUCUUUAUCUAUUUCUGCCAUCCUGUAAGACACGCUUUCCCUUUACAGUUUAGGACUCUGUAAAAUCUAAAAAAUGCAUUACAUGAAAGUAGAGAUAGCCAAGACAAGAUGUUACACUUCAUUAUAACAUUAGAAAUAUGGAGGUAGAGGUCUCUAUCUUAUCCCACUGUGCCUUUUUAGUUGCCUUUCAUGAUACACAGGGAAUACGGUGGAAGUAUUCUUCUAACCUGACAGUGAAGUGUGUGUCGAGGCAGUGUCCCCCAAAGGAUGAUGCCUAUCCACCUUGUUAUAACUUAUUCAAGUAAAGAUACUUUUUAAUUUCAGACAUUUAUUAAGUGGUCUAGUAUACAUAUCAAUAUUUUGGUUCAGGCAUUCAUUAACAUAAAACUGGCAGUGAUUUACACAAACUUAAUAUUAUUAGUUGACAAACACUCCAUGCGCACUGAACACAAAACUAUAAGUGAAUGUGUGUGUGUGUGUGUGUGUGUGUGUGUGUGUGUGUGUGUGUGUGUGUUUUGGCCUUGGCUGAUCUGCUUAAGGGAUGUGAGAGUAUCCACAAAAAUUAUUCUUCCAAAAGGCACUGACUAAGAACACUUUCAAGAAAAAUCACAAAAGCAGAAGAGAUUCUUGGUGUGUGGGAAGGGAGGAAGGGAGGUGUUCUGGGUUGCAGGUGUGGGUGUGUUGGGAGGCGCAUCACUGCCUUGGGGACUGAACAGGGGGUGUUAAGGGCUACUGGGAUACAAUGACAGUAAACCUUGGCCAUGUCUGUUGGUUUGUAGUAUUGAUAUGACACAAAUUACUCAAUGGUAUUAGUGUAAGAAUUAGUUAAAAAGUAAUAUUUAUCAUUACUUCUAUCUGAUUAUACACUUUUAAAGCUGAUUUUCAUGAAAACUAAUCAGAUUAAUAUAAAUGAAUGUAUGACUGAUUAAUAAAGCAUCAAAUACUG